CUAGCAAGCUAGUUUAAGCUCGCCUUCUGACAAUAACAUGAGUGGAGGGAGAGAUGAUCUUUGUUUCCUCGCCAUGGGUUUCGCCCUCUCUUUAGCUCUACUGCCGCUCCUCUCUGCCGUCGAUCCAGGCUCCCUCCAGGACUUCUGCGUCGCAGUCGAGGACCCCAAUAACAGUGUGUUUGUGAACGGGAACCUGUGCAAGGACCCAAACCGAGUCACGGCGGACGAUUUCUUCCUGUCCGGUCUGGACCAGCCGGGUAACACUUCGAACCCGGUUGGGUCCAAAGUCACCCUGAUCAACGCGGACCGGAUCCCGGGGCUGAACACGCUGGGGAUAUCCCUGGCUCGAGUGGACUACGUCCCCAACGGCGGCCUGAACCCUCCCCACUACCACCCUCGAGCCACGGAGGUGUUUUUGGCGCUGGAGGGGAAAUUCUACGCAGGGUUCGUGGCGUCGAACCCGGACCGGCUGAUCAGCAAGAUACUGAACCCGGGUGACGUGUUCGUAUUCCCGGCUGGAAGGAUCCAUUUCCAGUACAACAUCGGGAGUACUGCGGGCCGGGCCGUGUCCGGAUUGAGCAGCCAGAACCCGGGGAUUGUUGUGGUGGCUAAUUCAGUUUUCGGAUCGGGUAUUGACCCGAGUGUGCUGGCCAGGGCGUUUCAGGUGGACAGGGAACUUGUGGAGCAGUUGCGAAAGAAAUUCUAGAGGGUUAGAACUAGUUUGCUGUUAAUUGUUUAAUAAAUAAUCGGAUGAGCAGCAUCUGAUGUGCGUACAAUUCCAUUCUCAAUAUAUACUAGCGUGGCCCCGGCCAGUUGGCCGGAGGAAGGUGAGGUAUGAAAUUUGAUAAUGUAAUGGGUGUAUAGCUUAUUAUUGUAUAGUUCUUUUGGAAAACACGUGAU